AUGAACGAGGUCCAGCUGAGAGCUGCGGAGAGUUAUAAGGGGCUCCUUGAGGCGUACUCCACCAGUGAAGAAUCUCUAGUUUCUUCCAGAAGCAAAAUUCGAGCGCUGAAUGAGCACUAUGAAGGGAGCGAUCUGCAGAAGUCCCUGGGGGUGCUGGAGAGCACAAUGAACGCUUCCAUCAACACGGAUGUGUAUGUGGGCACGGUGUGCACUCGCGUAGACGAUGCCGUAAUGGACGUGCUGGCGGAGCGGGUCAUGCUCCCUAUUGGCGCCGACGUGGCGCACUCACUCUACGCGAAGCUGGACCCGUCGCUGGUCGGUGUGGAGAGGCGGGGCGACGUCCUGGACCCAAGUCUGCGCAUGUCACACGAAGCCGCAGCCGAUGUGUUGCGCAUUGGUGGCCCGCUCGCAUCCUUUGACUUCCCGGAGGAGGUGCGGCGAGUCCACGAGCACCUGUGCCCCUCCGCCAUGUCCAUUCGCGUUCAGCUUUACAAGCUCGUUAUCUACGGGGAGGGCGACUUCUUCGUGCCGCAUCGCGACUCCAUGUCGUCGGCCGACAUGCUUGGCUCUAUAUCCUUGCAGCUUCCAGUUGCUCAUGAUACAGACACCGUUGCCACAGAGGCGGACAGAGAGGCGCGUGGCGUGAAGCGGCAUGGGCAGCUUGUGUUUUACGUUGGCCGGAACUCUACCGAAGCCGGCGAGAAUAGUAUUUCAACAACGUCAUUGUAUAGCGGCUGCUAUGAUGAGCAGGAGCAGUUUGCGCAAACGGUGGACCUUGGUGCGCUUAGUUCGGCCGUUGCGGAGGACGGCACCAUCACCAUGUCGUACGCCGCGUGGACGGGAGACGUGCUUCAUGAGGUGCGGCGCGUGGAGAAUGGGUAUCGGGCGGUUCUGCUGUACCGGCUGUACAAACAGGGACACAAGGUGUCGUAUAUCUCUGCCAGCCUCCGCACCACCGUGACGCAGGGGAUUGCGCGAGUGAUGAGUGCCAUGGCGCUAGGAAGCACGAAGGGUAGUGGCGAUGGCGAUGACGAAUCUGAUUUCCGCUACCUCGGAGUGGUGCUGCGCCACGCCUACCCGCCGGCAGGGCUACAACCGGAGUUCCUCAAAGGUGUUGACGCGGUGAUGCACAACAUUGCCUCCAUGACUAACCAGUGCCUGCUCUUCAACGCAUAUGAGAUGCGCGAGGGCACCUUCGGAUCCCGUCACCUGCGGUGUAAGGAGGCCGUUGCUCGCAUGGUGUUCCUCACCACAGACGCUACGCCCUCAGGGAUAAACUUUUCUGAUGAGGACGCGUUGGAGGCGAUGGGGAGUCAGUACAAGUUGUUCGCCAAGACGGCGUGGGUUGUACUGGGGCUGGGAACUCUAGUUGGUGGUGGGUUCUGCUUUGGCAAUGCGGACUGUGGCACGGAUUGGUGGUACCGCGCCGCCGUCAUGAUUGUCACACCAGAGCCGAGUCUCUGGAAGCGGCGGCGCGGUCUGUUCCUUGUCACUUCCAAGGGCCCGGAAUGUAUGCGGGGGUUGCUGUCGAACCUGGACGUGAUGGAGCGGAUCGCCUCUUUUCUGUGA